GCUCAGAUCUACAAAUUAAUAUCAUUCAGUCAAACAUCAAUCGAGUUCGAGUGAGAGAAGUACAUUACCAUUACCAUUACGAAACAGAGAUGAGUUCGGUAAGCAGAGCUUGGAUCGUGGCUGCGAGCGUUGGAGCAGUGGAGGUAUUGAAAGAUCAAGGUAUCUGUAGAUGGAAUUAUGUGUUGAGGUCGCUGCAUCAGCACGCCAAGGGUAAUAUGAGAUCCUUCUCCCUGGCUAAAAAAGCUUCUUCUUCUUCUUCUCCGGCGGCGACGACUUCAAUGGUGAAAACGGCUAAGAAGGUUGGUGACGAGAAAUUGAAGCAGUCGGAGGAGUCUCUCAGGAAAGUUAUGUACCUCAGCUGUUGGGGUCCCAACUGAAAAAAUUUUUUCUCUUUCUUCUUUCGACCAGGGAUUCCUUGA